AUGCUCGAUGGUGGCUACCAGACAAUGCAGCACCAAAGUCCGAGCGGGCCCUCGCCGCAGCCAGAACCGCAGCUGGCCUCUCCGGCGCCGUCACCGUACCCGCCGGCCCCCCCGCCCCCUGACCCCUCGGGGGCCGAGGACGCCGCCCAGCAACUCGCCCAGCAACAGGCGCAGCAACAAGCCCAACAACAGCAGGCCCAACAACAAACCUCGCCGGACCACAUGCAGGUCGAGCAGCAGCUGCAGAACCAAGGCCAGUCCCAAACCAACCAGGACCACUUAGACCGAGGACCGUGCUUCGUGCAGCCGGACUUGCAGCAGCAGUACAGCACACCGUACUUUAAAGAGACUCGACCGACAAGCCACAUGUUGGGCACCGGCGGAUUCCCACUCCACUACCUUAAGCAGAACGGCGGUGUGCUGUCCCUGGAAGGUCCCCUCGACCAGUACGCGGCGCCGGAUCUGCGCCAUUUACCCGACAUAGUCCAGCCCGAGCCGCCGAAGCCGAGAAAGCACAACCCGAAUUCCGAGCUGCGCCUAUUCAAGUGCCUGACCUGCGGGAAGGACUUCAAGCAGAAGUCAACCCUUCUGCAGCACGAGCGCAUCCAUACAGACUCGCGGCCGUACGGGUGUCCGGAAUGCGGCAAGCGGUUCCGCCAGCAGUCGCACCUCACGCAGCACCUGCGCAUCCACGCCAACGAGAAGCCGUACGCGUGCGUGUACUGCCCGCGCUCGUUCCGGCAGCGCGCCAUCCUCAACCAGCACCUGCGCAUCCAUUCCGGUGAGAAGCCCUAUACGUGCGGCGAGUGCGGCAAACAUUUCCGCCAGAAGGCCAUCCUGAACCAGCACGUCCGCACACACCAAGGCGAGCGAUAUUCACACAUAUAUGCCCCGGUCCGCUCCACGCGCGCGUCGCCCGCACCGUCGCGAAACGAUCGCGCCAGUGCGAGCGCCGCCCGCGCUCCCCGCCGCCCCGACCUCGUUCGAUUCGGUCUCGCAUCCAUUGGCCUCCCGAUCAGACAAAUUCUCGGUCCCGUUGCCGCCCGCGCCGCGGUGGGCGCUCGCGAGACGCGGAACCGAUCGCCGGACGCUCCCGUAACCGUCCCCCACGUUUCGCCGCAUCUUAUCUUCAAGAACGGGACAACGCCCACCCUCUGGCCACAGGACGUACCGUUCCCUCCCGAUGAGAACAAGGAGGAGAUACAGUCGACAUUUGGCGACGCGGAUGGUCAGAAUGGAGAGCAGCGUGGAUCUUGCUUCUCGCCCGGGGACACAGCGCAGUAUCCAGCAUAUUUCAAAGAUACUAAAGGUCUCAAUCAUGCUGUUUUCGGUUCGGGGCUUUCACUUCAAUACUUAAAGGGGGGUAAGCUGCCCGAUGUGCUGGGAGGCCGAACGAUGCCGCUGUACGUUCGCUGCCCCAUCUGCCAGAAGGAAUUCAAGCAGAAGUCGACACUGCUCCAACACGGGUGCAUUCACAUAGAGUCCCGGCCCUACCCGUGCCCGGAGUGCGGCAAGCGUUUCCGCCAACAGUCGCACCUGACUCAGCACCUGCGCAUCCACACCAACGAGAAGCCGUACGGCUGCGUGUACUGCCCGCGCUUCUUCCGGCAGCGGACGAUCCUCAACCAGCACCUGCGCAUCCACACCGGCGAGAAGCCGUACAAGUGCACCCAGUGCGGCAAGGACUUCAGGCAAAAGGCGAUCCUGGACCAGCACACGCGCACGCACCAGGGCGACAGGCCGUUCUGCUGCCCCAUGCCGAACUGCCGGCGGCGCUUCGCCACCGAGCCGGAGGUGAAGAAGCACAUCGACAACCACAUGAACCCGCACGCGGCGAAGGCGCGGCGGGCGGACGCUAAGACGCCCAGGCCCUUGCCCCCGGCGGCGGCGGUGGUCAAGCCCGAGCUGUACUUCCCGCAGUGCUACGCGCCCCCCUUCCAGCAGUUCUCCACGGGAGGUGAGUUCAAGCCGGCCGUGGGGCCCGGCGCGCCGGUGGCCUGCCUGCCGGCCCAG